CGGGGGAGGAGCAAGGGGGCAAAGGAGACGGCGCCGGGGGACCGGGCUGAGGGCCCGGGGGACCUACGACGCCCGAGAGAGGAGUAGGGACCGGGCUGGGCUCCGGGCCGACCGCGCUAGCGGCAGCGCUCGCGGAGCCGGGCCGUGAGAACGCGCUGGGCGCGCCGGGACGCUGCUCUCCCACGGCCCCGGCGCCCGGCAGCAGCAGCCAGCCAGCCCCGGCGCGGCGCCGCGGCCUCCGGUGCAAGGGAGACAGCUGGAGCAACAAAGGGGCGCUGGGACCUUCGAGCCUGGGCUUUACCGCAGCUUCCACCCGCUUGCUACGGCGUGGGUGAGCGAUUCGCCCUCCUCGAGAGCAAACAGCUAGGAUUGCAGGAUUCCUUAGAGAAAACAGCCAGGAAACUUCCAGUGGGGCUCAGGGGCUUGACCAAAGAAAACCUCAAUCACCAGUGUCCUUGAUCUGAUUGUGGCUUCUAUUUGUCAUCCCACAUACGAAGACCAGCUCACCAGAACAAGAUCCACAGCAGAGUGAGGCCACUAACACCAUGUUCUGUACAAAGCUGAAGGAUCUCAAGAUCACCGGGGAGUGUCCUUUCUCGUUACUGGCACCAGGGCAGGUUCCUAAGGAUCCAACAGAAGAGGUAGCAGGAAGCUCAGAGAGUUGCAAAGCCACUCUGCCCAUCUGUCAGAACGUUCCCGAGAAGAAUGCACAAGGAAGUCUUCCUAAAAGAAAGACCAGUCGGAGUCGAGUAUAUCUUCACACUUUGGCUGAGAGCAUUUGCAAACUGAUUUUCCCAGAGUUUGAGCGGCUGAACCUUGCACUUCAGAGAACACUGGCAAAACACAAAAUAAAAGAAAGCAGAAAAUGUGUGGAAAGAGAAGACUUGGAAACAAUAAUUGCAGACCAAGCACUUGCCACAGGAGUUCCCGUGGAGAUCAUCAAAGAAUCCCUCGGUGAAGAGCUUUUCAAAAUAUGUUAUGAGGAAGAUGAGUACAUCCUGGGUGUGGUUGGAGGAACCCUCAAAGAUUUUUUAAAUAGCUUCAGCACCCUCCUGAAACAGAGCAGCCCCUGCCAAGAAGCAGAAAAGAAGGGCAGGCUGGAGGAUGCGUCCAUCCUCUGCCUGGAGAAAGAUCAUGACUUCUUAAAUGUUUACUAUUUCUUCCCUAAGAGGACCACGUCCUUGAUUCUUCCCGGCAUCAUCAAGGCAGCAGCUCACAUCUUGUAUGAAACUGAAGUGGCAGUGUCAUUAAUGCCUUCCUGUGUCCGGGAUGACAGCAGCGAGUUUGUGAAUCAGCCCUAUUUGUUAUACUCAGUUCAUGUCAAAAGCACCAAGCCAUCCCUGUCCCCAGGCAAACCCCAGUCCUCACUGGUCAUCCCUGCUUCUCUCUUCUGUAAGACAUUUCCAUUCCACUUCAUGUUUGACCAAGAUAUGACAAUUCUGCAAUUUGGCAAUGGGAUCAGGAGGCUGAUGAACAGGAGAGACUUCCAAGGAAAGCCUAAUUUUGAAGAGUACUUUGAAAUUCUGACUCCAAAAGUCAGCCAAACGUUUAGCGGAAUCAUGACUAUGUUGAAUAUGCAAUUUGUGGUCCGAGUGAGGAGAUGGGACAACUCUGUGAAGAAAUCUUCACGGGUUAUGGAUCUCAAAGGCCAAAUGAUCUACAUCAUUGAAUCCAGUGCAAUCUUGUUCUUGGGGUCUCCCUGUGUGGACAGAUUAGAAGAUUUUACAGGACGAGGGCUCUACCUCUCAGACAUCCCGAUUCACAAUGCACUGAGAGAUGUGGUCUUGAUAGGAGAACAGGCUAGAGCUCAAGACGGCCUUAAGAAGAGGCUGGGGAAACUGAAGGCUACCCUUGAGCAAGCCCACCAAGCCCUGGAGGAGGAAAAGAAGAAGACAGUUGAUCUUCUGUGCUCUAUAUUUCCCUCUGAGGUGGCGCAGCAGCUGUGGCAAGGGCAAGUGGUGCAAGCCAAGAAGUUCAAUAACGUCACCAUGCUCUUCUCAGACAUUGUUGGGUUCACUGCCAUCUGCUCCCAGUGCUCACCGCUGCAGGUCAUCACCAUGCUCAAUGCUCUCUACACGCGCUUUGACCGGCAGUGUGGAGAGCUGGAUGUCUACAAGGUGGAGACCAUUGGCGAUGCAUAUUGUGUGGCUGGGGGAUUACACAAAGAAAGUGAUACACAUGCUGUUCAGAUAGCGCUGAUGGCCCUGAAGAUGAUGGAGCUCUCUGACGAAGUCAUGUCUCCCCAUGGAGAACCUAUCAAGAUGCGAAUUGGACUGCAUUCUGGGUCAGUUUUUGCUGGAGUUGUUGGAGUUAAAAUGCCUCGUUACUGUCUUUUUGGAAACAAUGUCACCUUGGCUAACAAAUUUGAGUCCUGCAGUGUACCACGGAAAAUCAACGUCAGCCCAACCACUUACAGAUUGCUCAAAGACUGUCCUGGUUUUGUGUUUACCCCUCGAUCAAGGGAGGAACUUCCACCAAAUUUCCCCAGUGAAAUUCCUGGAAUCUGUUAUUUUCUGGAAGCGUAUCAACAAGGAACAAAUUCAAAACCAUGGUUCCAAAAGAGAGAUGUUGAAGACGGCAAUGCCAAUUUUUUAGGCAAAGCAUCGGGAAUAGAUUAACAAACUAUAUGCUUGGUGUCAGCCUUUGGGGAUUAACUCCUUCAAGCAUUUGUGGAAUCUCUGAAAGCACUUUAGGAUGCAGAUGGUUAAAAAGUGGUAUUAAAAUUUCAGGAAUUGAGUCAUGAUCUACUCUUUCUUCCAUUUAACAGGACAAAAAUGUAUGCACUUCAAUACUUCAGCUCUUCAGUGAAAAUAAAAACGGAACCUCGAGAAGUAACUUUGGGGGGAUAUUUUUGUUAUAUAACAAUCACUUAUUAUCUGUACUUAAAAUUUAGCACAUUGUACAUAUAUCAGGUAAUUGUAAUGACCUAUACAAUGUGAUGGAGUCACUUGUAUUCUUUGUCCUGGUGGAAUGCCAACUGUGUCUGUGAUAGUGUUGCCUUAAAAAAGCUUUCGAAUAGAAAUUAUAGUCUUCAAUGCCAUAAGCUCUUUGAACCUUUAAACUCUGAAUUUUAUUAUACUUUCACAUUUAAUUUUUAACAUACAUAAAAUAGAUUGAGGUUUUUUUCUGUUGCACUUUUCUUUUUUUUCUAUUUUUAAGAAAAUCAAUUAUGGGUUAGAUGCAAUAUGAAUAUAAAAUAGAUCUUCUGUAAAUAUCAAAGAUUAUUUUAUAAGCAUAUUCUCCAUAAUAUAAUGUGUCAUUAACAAUAAAUAUUUCCUUUUGUUUGACAUUUUUUAUUCAACAUAUGGUAAAGAUUUUUCAUUGCUAUUAGCAAUUUAAUUCCUAUUCAUUUCUGUUAUAGUAUUUAGAAUAAAAGAGAAUUAAGCCUAUGUUAAAAUGCAAUGAUAUCAUUCUGAUUUAUUUUAAUCAGAAGCAACAUGGGAGUAAAGUAAGCAUUUGGGGAACAUAUAACAAAGUACAGAAAUAAAAUAUUUACACACACAGAGUAAUUUGGGUCUAUUUCAGCAGACAUAGUCUAUUGCCAUGCUGAGCUAUAUAAAAUUCCAGUAAGAAAAUCUAAGUUCAGAAGUGGGAAAUAAAAAUUGUUCUUUUUUUUGUAAGAGUGCAUUUUUCAAGUAUUUGUAUUGAAUACUUAAGUGUGUGUAUAUUUUCUAAAAAUCACCAAGGGGUUUGUCUUACUUACUAAAUAAACACUUACAAAUUGUUUUAUUCUA